AUGCAGUUCGCUCACGGCUGCUACGCUGCGAAAGAGGCUCGUGUUCUUUCCUCUCCCGUUCUCGAGGGUCCUUCAUCCUCCACCCGAGGCUCGCGCAGCGAUGAGAGACUCACGCCUUCCUGUCGAGGUCUUCCUUCCUCGCCGCCCAGGGGCGUAGUCAUGGCACACGGGCCUGAACGGUCCUCUGCGUCCUGUCCAGUCUUCUGUCCCUGCGUUUCGCCGUUCUUCACCUCUGUCGUGCCUUCUUCGCCGUCGCUGGCCUCUACAGGAGAGAGAGGCGGAGGGAUAGCAGACCCGCCAAAGCGAGGCGCUUUCGCCGCACAGGCAUCUCCGGAAUCGCUGCGUCUAUCGGCGGCGGAUCGCCCUCCCGGCGCGGCUCCCUUUCCAGCCCCGCAACAGAGCACCAACUACCUCUUUCAGGCUCCGCAGACGGAGCCCCAGCUCCACGCGCAGACGCCCUCUCCGGGCGCGAGUUGGGCUCCAAAUCCUCCGGGGUCGGCGUCUGUCGGUGGGGCAUCUUGCGGCCCCCAAGGACCCCCGUUCGUCCAGUAUUCUCUCUCUUCUGUCGACGGCUCGCCGGGGUGUCUGGCCUCGGCUCCAGAGGCGCUCCCAGUCUCCUUGGCCAGUGGCGUCUCUGUGGGCUCCACGACUACGGGCGGAGGGGCCCUCGGCAACGGGGGCGUAGACCGACACCCUGAUCGGGCCGGUCGUCAGUGUCCGUCACAGGGCGACGCCUCAGCUGUGCCCGCGAGUUUGGAGAGCAGCGGGGGUCUGCCCCCGUCAUUUUCACCGUUUCUCUCCGCACCUGUGUACCCUUUUCUUCCUCCGCAGCAGCUCCCGCUGGUGGUCGCCCCUGCGGUGUACGGACAGCCGAUGAGGGGAGCCGUCGCUUACGAUAUUUUGCAAGCUGAUUCGGCCUACUGGGCGCUUCUGUCCUCACAGAGUCAGGCUUUGUUUCCUGCGUCAUACGCGGUGUUGAGUGCUGGGAAGCCUGGCGAGCAGCCUGGCACUGGCUUCUUCCCCCCUUCUGGGUGUGAAGGUUCCGGCGAUCCUUCCGCGUUUGCUGGAGGAGACCCACGCUCCUCUGCCUCACAGCCGCUGUGUACCCAAAAGCUUCCGGUUGCCUCUUCUUUUGAAGGUCAGGGCGCAUUCGAAGGUACAGGCACGUCGGCGGAGGGAGUCUCUGCGUUUUAUGCGCCUUUAGCAGCACACUGUCCUCAGCAGGCCGUUUUUCACCUUGUUUGCGGGUGUGGCGAAAGGGGCCCAAAGGCCCAUGGAGGGGCGGCGGGGAAGGAUGGAGCGGGCGAGCAAGAUGGCCGCUUGACUGUGACGCCUUGUGCGAUCACGACGACCGCGGGUGAGCUCGGCGAAGACGAAUCGCCUUUCGCGGAGACAGGCGCUCAUCUGUAUGGCGAUAAAGGCGAGUGGAACAGAGGGGGCGGUCAGCAGCGUCAGGACCCGUCGAACCCCUCCUCGCCCGCGCUGUGCUCGUUUCUUUCGGGCCCGCCGGUGUCGAGCCUUUCCACGGCUUCCAGCGGCUCAGCGGAGGACUUGGUGCGCGUGGUGGCUGAAGGCGACAGGUGUGGCGCGAAGCCCGGGGCCCCGGGAGACAGUGGCAGGGGGGCUGAGGGACACGGCCCUCGCCGCGAGCAGCCGGCCCGCAACUCGCAGGGGCCUGCCGCAUGGCCCGAGCCUCCUGGAGCAUCUGCGGCACCCGAAGGAGACGGUCUUCUCGUGCGAGGGCGUCAACAGGGUCGGGCGACAGGGCUCGCGGAGGGGAUCUCUGGGGGCUCGCUGGAAGAGCCGCGGAGCCCAGGGGUCGUAGCGGCGCUUUACCGCGAAGGAGAGGGAAUUCAGGGCUCUUUGUCGCCAGAAGAAACUCCGGGCGUUGGCGUCACGCCUACGUCCUCUUUGGAUCGAGACUCGCCUGAACAGUCUCGUGUGUCGUCGUGCCCCGUCAGUCUGUGUGAAGGCGCAGAAGAUGCCCAUGUCUGCGGUCGGGAGGGUGGCAUGCGUGGGGGCGACGGGCCCGAUGGGUCCCUGUCGGGCCCGUUGGGCGACCGCGCGGCGUGUGAAGAGAACCCGAAGGGAGGCGCAGGUGACGCCUCUGGACCCAGCGCGUAUCCGGCUCAGCAGACAGCUUUGCCGUCCUUCUCGCCGGGACUCGACGGAGGGGGGCGGUACUUUUUGCCGAAUGGAGUUGACCUGAGUGUCCCAGAGCCCCCGGUUCUGCCAGCAGCUAAUUCGUUCGCUGCCACGCCGUCCCCCUCAUCGUUUGCAUCCCAGGCUUCCUCUCCGUUCGUUUAUCCAGGCGUGGGGGCGGGGUCGCCAGCCUUCUCGGCUGCCUAUCCUCCGUUCGUCGCGUUCCUGUACCCGUCUUUCGCGCCAGUCGCCUAUCCCCCGGGCGCCCCUCUGGACUUCGCCGGCGCGUCGACAUACGGGCCCUUCGAGUGUCACGGGACAAUGCCGUCGGCUUUCUCCGGAGUUUCGUACUACAAUCUGUCUGCCCUUCCUUUCGCUUACUCGCCUUGUGACCCUGCCCCGGAGGCGAUCUCGGCGGGCCUCGCGGGCGCGAGCGGCGGGGCGUUCUCCCUCGCCUCCCCUCCUUAUUACGGAUCGGGGGCCGCGCCGCCAGCCGCGCCUGUCUCUGCAGAGUCGUAUGGGACUCUUCCGGUCGCGGAGACCGCUGCAGGGGGCGUGUGCGUACAGGAAGCAUCGGAGUUUGCCUUGUCCGCAGGUGCGCCAGAGAGCGGGUCGCCGCCAUGUGUGCGGCCUCUGCAGGAACUCACGCCCCUGCUGGAAGGGAUAGCAGAGGCGGGGGAGAGGGACGACAGUCUCGAGUCGGAAUGUGACGACGGGGGCAGCGAGACGUCGCGGGAGAGUGCCCACAACGCAGAAGAAAUACCGCAGCGAGGGGCGGGCGAAGACGCAAGUCGAACGGUAACCGCGGAAGGCGAGCAUGCGACAGCAGCGACCCUAGGGCCUGCGGCGGGGGUCACUUCAACUCGUGCGGGGCCUGAGGCUGCGACACCAGGCUCCGAGUACCCAGUAGCGGCCGCCGCACCUGCAGACAGCGAGCCCGCGGCGCCUGCUUCCUCGCUUGCCUGGGCGGCCUCGUCAGAGCCGGUAGCGGGGCCUGGGGACGCAGCCGAGACGCGGCGAGGUGCGCGGAGCCCAGUCUACAGGGGCUUGCAGACAGGCGCUGCGGGUUCGAGUUCUCCUUCGGCGUCUGCGGAUGCUACACUCGGCGCGUGGCCAGGGCCUUCUCGGGCGCCGGCGUCUCUGGAGAGUGUUUCGCGUGAAUGUGCAGCCGGCAUCCCGGCACUCCCGCUCAGUCGCGACCGCGGAGACAGGUGUCUUUUCCAGGGGCCCGCUGCAGACCCCAACGCACGGGCGGCGCCCCUGGACUCGGGUGCGCGGUUCGAGAGGCCCGCUCAGGCUGGCUGGUUGCGUCGUGGCUCUGGCGCUGAGCGGCGCGCCGUUGCGCAGUUCGGUUCAACUCCCUCAGGGCCAGACGGCCGCAUGAGGAAAGACACGCGGGAUCGAGGCCGCGGGAGCAGCCUGGCGAGUCGGCGCGGCCGCGAGGCGCACUUUGCGCGGGACCGGAGUGGAAGGGGCAGCUUCGGCUCCUUCUCGUCUAUGUCGUCCGCAGGCUCGGGGCCGCCGUUUGGGCCCCGUCGCGCCUCCUUCACGCCGCUGAGUCACGAGGGGGAGAGACAGCGAGACCGCAGAGCCCCGCAGAGCCGGCGCGAGCCCAAGGGUCGGUACGUGCCUGUCCUGGCGGCUAGGUCGAGGGCGGGCGAGGCCGAGGGAGGGGGGGAUGCGCGAGAGACAACGCGGGACGCGCGUCCCAACCCGGGGGAGGAGACAUUGGCAGGCGAAGGACGGCAAGCAGAGACGAACGGACCGACGCGCGCGGAACGAGGAGAGAGCGGCUGCACGGAGUGGAAGGAGAAGAGAGGAGACCCGGGCGCGGACGCGCUCGACUCAAGAAGGGCAGGAGCGCCGCCCGACGAGGCCCUGCUUGCUCCGGCGGAUUCAAAAGGGUGCAGCCCGACAUCUGGACCACGGCGCUCGGCGUCUCCUGUGGCGAGCCGCCCCCUCGCUGCUCCUGUCGAGAGACACCCCGCUGGCGCUGCAGAGAACCAGGGGGCGCGCGGGUCGCUAGGGGCCGAUACGGGUGAGACCCUCGGUCCGCAGAGCUUCGCUGGAUCCCCGCCGUCGUUUACACAAGCUUCGUCGAGCUUGCCUGUCGUCGCCGUCGCUCCGCCUUCUCUGUUGGCGCCUCCCGCAGGCGACCCGCCAGGCCCUUCUGCUGCGCCGUCUGGCCCCUCCGCGUCUGCGCCGCUCAGCUCGCCCUCCGCGUCGUCGGCGCCUCCUCCUCUCCCGGUCGCCGCUCGCACGCCGCCGGCCGAGGGAGCGAGUCCGCCCGCCGUGUAUUCGGAGAAUUCGGUAGGGGGAGGAGCGGCGCUAGUCCACCCGCCGCUGCAGUCCUGCUCGGGGGCCUUGAGGUCUCCGUCUUCGGGCUCGGCGGCCCGAGAGGCCGAGCGCGGGCCCCGCGGCCCGCUGGGGCCUGAGGCGCAGAAGGGCGCGCGGCCGGGAGACCCCGCCCAGGGCGCGAGAGAAGCUGCGCAAGCCAAUGCGAAGCAGGACAAGCCCGCGCACUUACGGUGGAGUUCGUGGGACUCCGACGCCAGUGGAUGGUCUUCUCUCGGUGCCCUCAACUCGCAGGCGCUUGUCGCGGGGUCGACUCAAGAGCUAGGUCCGGGGGCACGAAAGCAGGAGCCCGACGGCCUCCCGGUUGCGCCUCCGCCGCCUCUUCAGAGCCUUCCGCGCCCGGCUUCGUCCGAGGCGUUUGCAGGCAAAGACGGGGAGAGGGGCCCCUUCGGGCGCCCCCGCGGGGGGGGGGGCGGCGAGGGCAGUUGGCCCGUGACGAGGGGCGACGUGAGCGUCUCGUCGUCAGCGAGUCACCAGAGAGGCAAGAGAGAGAACGAAGCGGCGCGCGACGCCCCACGCGCGGGCGAGGCGAAGCCGGAGAAGUUGCCGCUCGAGCAGGAGGCGCGAGCCAGGAGAGACAAGCAGAAAGAGCAGGAAGUUUGCGGGUUCCAGUCUAAGGGAAAAGCUGGAAAAAACGGCAAGGGUUGGCGGGAGAUCAGCCAGGGCCCGGGUCCAGUUGUACCCUGCGCGCCCGCGGAGAGAGGCGCAGGCGAGGCGAAGGAGACUGCGCGACGCGCGGCGCCGAGAGAGCGGAACUUUUUCUCAGCCGCCUCUCAGGGGUCGGUGGGCGUCUCGCAGACGCGGCGUCAAGGCGACGAGGGCGCUCAGGCCUCGCGCGCGGAGGAAAGGGAGAGGGAUGGCGAGCGGAACGGCGGCGCGAAGGGCCGCAGCGGCGAGGACAGCUCGACUGAAGCGCGUCAGAGCGAGGCGUCAUCUUCUUUCUCGGCCUCUCGCACGGGCGCAGUCGAGAAGACGGCUAGAUGGAGGGCGACGGCCGAAGCUGCUGCAGGUGGGUCGGCGCGGGGGGUCUCCACGGGCUCGCUGAACUCGCAGAGGGACCAGGCAACUGGCAGAUCGGCGCGAGAUGCAAGAAAGCAGGCCACGGACGGAGAGCAGCGGCGCACCGCGCCGGUGGCGGCGUCGAGCGGGGGACGCACGCCCCAGGGGGGCGGGGAGCGGCCAGAGACUUCAAGAGGAGAGGAAACGAAGAAAAUCCGAUAUCGGUUCGUGGAGAGUGAGCGAGGCAAGGCGCAGCCACUGGGCGAGCCUGAGCGGGCGGCUCUGAAGGGAGAGGGUGUCCGUAGAGGCGAGGAUGCAGAAGGUGCGGAGAUAGCUGCAGUCCCCCCGUCGCGGCAGAAAGAGGAGACCGCUCGUGAGAAGCCGCGUCCGUUCGAGAAACGGAGGAAUAUCAUGUUCCCACUUUUGUCUCGAGCGGUGGGAGAGGCCUGCAAGGACGCCACACGUGGCGGCCGCAGACGCCAGAAACGGAGUUCAGGUGUCAGUCUUUCUUCGUCGCUCGCCUCUAGCCCCGUGUCUUCGUUUUCUUCGUCGGCGUCGUCGUCGUGCUUCUCCUCUGCUGUCUCUGCCGCUUCUUUGUGCGCGUCGUCGGCGUCCUCGUCCCGCGCGUUUUCUGCCACGAGUCCGUUGUCGUCUUUCGCCUCCAUUUCUUCCCUGCCGUCGGAUAUCUCGUUCCACUCUGCGUCUUCGAAGUCGUCUUCUCUCUCCUCCUCGUCCUCCUCCUCCUCCACGUCGUCCCUGGCCUUCUCGUUUCCCUCUGCCUCCUCCCCGUCGGCCGUCUCGCUGCCUGCCUCUGCGCCUCUGGCCGCCUCCGCUUCCGCCUCCGCCUCCGCCUCGGCGCGAGGAGACGGGCCGCGGGGCGCGGCGUGCCCGGUGGCGGCUCGAGUUCUGAACGACGCGUAUCAUUCGUCCUGUGCGUCCGCGCGCCGCAGCAGCCAGCCGAAAGGCGUCGCAUCCUCCUCUUCAGCUCCGUCGGCCUUCUCCGCGUGGUCGCUCUCCACGUCGUCGCUCUCCGCGUCGUCGCUCUCCACGUCGUCGCUCGCGCCCGCCUCCACGCUGCCGGCGUCGAGCCACUCGUCUUCCCUGUCCUCCUCUUCGUCGUCGCUUUCUGAGAAAGCCGAGGCGGAGAGGCCGGGGGCAGGCAGCGGCAGUCUCCGCCGCGAAGCGGAGGAGGACGGCGAGUCUCGACGGCGAAGAGACGCAGCGUGCGAGCGUGGCAAGAGAGAAGCGGCGCACAGCCGGCACCCGCGCGUCGCGCAUCCCGAGCGCAGAAGAGACGAAGAAAAGGAAAAGGCCCUCGACGAGAAGAUGGCGACGAUUCGGGAGCAAAAUCGACUCCUAGAGAAGAGACACAGACAGGUGCGAGGCAGCAGCGCGAAGUCGAGAUCGCACCAGCGAAGCACGAGCCUCUGCGGCCUCUGCGGGCGAAAAAAGGACUCAGCGAUGAAGGCAUCUAGGUCUUGCGUACAUACAUAUGCGUAUAUAGAUAGAAAUAGAUAG